AUGACAUCUGAGUCCUCUAGCAUCUCUAUCACUUCACAAGAUCAAGGUGAUUCUUCCCACUCUAAAAUUGCGGUGAGCAUGGAGAUCGAACAAGAUCGAUCCUCGAAUUCCAAUUCCAACAACCUGAUUGAUUUUGUGAAGCUGCCAAAAGACGAUUUUGUUCCCGGAUUAAAGGUACAAGAGCAUGAUUUUUUUAAUCUUAUACAAACUGGUUCGUCGUCUUGUCUACCUACUAACGAUGUUGAACUGAAAGAUGAGAACAAUAAUAAAGAGAAGAGUCUUGAUUUAAGAUCUUUUUCAUGCUCUUUUUGUAAGAGAAAAUUUUCAACUUCGCAAGCAUUAGGAGGGCAUCAAAAUGCUCAUAAAGCUGAACGCGCUUUAGAAAAACAACGUAAACAAAGGUACGAUGAUGGUGCUUUAGGUUUAGGGCAAUCUCACUUUACCCCUUAUUUUAAUUAUCCAAGCAAUCUUUUUACGCCUUAUAGUUAUAACUAUAGACUUGGGGUUAGAAUGGAUUCCACAAUUCAAAAACCACCUUAUUUUAACCCUAGGACUACCUCACAUAGUUUUGGUUAUGGCAAUGGUGCUUUGAGUUUGCAAGAUAUGUUAAACCCUUCUCUUGUCUCAUUGAGAAAUAUGGGAGGUGGAAAUAGUGGAAUUGGAACCCUAGGUAGUGGGGGUGCAACUAGUUUAAAAAUUAAUGAUGGUGGUGCAAAUGAUAAAUUAAGUGCUCUUUUGAAAUUUGGAGAUUCUUCUGCAAAUGUUGCUACAAGUUCAAACUCAAACAUAGACAAGAAAAUCAUUCUGGCUUCUACUUCUAUCAAAGAUGAAAUCAAAGAUGAAAUCAAAGAUGAAACUAAUGAUCAAUCAAAGUCCAAUAUUGAAGAAGAACCCUCCAAUUCUGAAUCUUCUGAACUUGAUUUGUCACUUAAGCUUUAA